ACUUAAUUUUUUAUUUCAUAUUUUUGUAAAAAGCUCUAAAGAUCUAAAGAAGUGCUCAUCACCAUUGCUUUUUAUAUUAUCACUUAUGAAAAGAGCGCCAUGGUGAUUAAUAACCAUAAUGGCCAACCUCAUUCACCUGCUACAGGAUUUUAAUCCGGGAAAAUUUGUAGUUUAUCUUAGCCUUCUUAUAUUUGUUGCCUUACUUUCACUGCGUUUUGAUGGUGUUAUCAAGAUGAAUUACUGGGGUGUUUUUUCACCACUGUGGAUCAUGCAUGGAAUGGUACUUAUUGGUGCAGGGGUUGGUUCCAUUGCCUGGUGGAAACAUCCUGCCAGCAGAAUUGACCCUGAAUCUUACAUUCAUUUUAAGUCCAUGCUGGUUUCUUCAAGCCUCCAUCUCCUCCUAAUCUUCUUUGAAAUUCUAGUAUGUGACAAACUUCAGAGUUCAAGACACAUCUGGGUUUUGGUCUUCCUUCCAAUAUUAUUCCUGUCAAUAGUUUGUAUUGCAGUCUCUAUUUGGGCUCUAAAGCAUGAGCGUCCAUUUGAGGUGGAACUUUUUCUUGCUGUGAAUUUGCUACAGUUGAUUUUCAUCCCACUCAAAUUGGAUGGAGUUAUAACAUGGAAAUGGGAGUUGGUUUUCGUACCUAUCUGGAUUAUAUACGGAGCUGCGAUUAUUGGUGUCUCCUAUUCCAUUCUAUUGGCAGCUUUGUUUUCGCGAUCAGUUAAUAUCACCAGUGAUCAGAGACGAGCAUCCACGCAUGCCGCAUCAGGUUACGUGUUGUUGGUAAUCCCAAGCCUCAUUUCAGUGAUUUUACUCACAAAAAAACUAAAUGGAGACCUUCAACUGUCAUAUUCUGUGGUCAACAUACCAUUGUUAAUCGCUUUGACAUCCCUUGUUUUGCGUUCUUUUACUGGAAAAGGAGGGAAUCUCUGGUGGUGCGGAAUGCAAAAAGAUUUUUGUGUAUUCUUAUUGGAUUUCUUCCCUUUCCUCCGAGAGUAUGGAAACGUGUCUUACCAUCGUCAAUCAUCCGAACAGAGAUCGUUCGAAUCCAGCGAUACUCUGGAGAUCACCGUUAUGACACCAAACCACUAUUCACCCAAUUUCUUUAGACUAAAAGUUAAAAAUAUAAAUAUUGAUUCGCGAACCGUCGUGCCUGUCCUAAUAAUUGAUUUACCUGAUUAAGCUGUUUUACGUUUGCAUGGCAAAAAGAUUUUGCAUGAGAUUAAACCAUAUAAGUUCUGUUAUUAAAUUCUCUUGUUUUGCAUAAAA